CAAGUUCCAGGGGCUAUAGCGUUCAUAAUAGCACAUUACAUCAUCAGCCUUGAGUCGCCACGGAGAUCAACAAUAGGCAGUGUUGGCUUCAAGCUACCAAUUCGUUCUCUUGACGCAUCUUUCUUGCUAAUGCCUCUUACAACAAGAGUAGUCGGGUUGAAUCCUUUUCUCAAUGUCUGUCGUGGGGAAGACGGAUUGGCAUAAAUUGCCUGUUACUCUCGGGGAGCUUUGUAUCAACACCACCUUAAGAUGUGGGCAGUCUUUUAGAUGGCAAAAGAUUAACCAUGAAUGGACCUGCACUUUGCAUGGUCGACUUCUUCACUUGAAGCAGGACUCAACUCAUCUGCACUAUCGGGUCACCUUUCCAGCACCCAAACCUUUGACGCCAGCACCCAACAACACAGAGGCUCUCCUAAGGCACUAUUUCAACCUGGAUACUAGUCUCGAACCGCUUUACAAACAAUGGUCAGAUGCUGAUGCCAACUUCAAAAAGAGGGCUCCCCAGUUUAAAGGGGUUCGAAUUCUCAGUCAAGAUGCCUGGGAGACAUUGAUAUGUUUUAUCUGUAGCAGCAACAACAAUAUUACGCGGAUAUCACAAAUGGUGUACAAGCUGUGUCAGAAUUACGGUCCCCUCAUUGCAUAUAUGGGAGACGAGCCAUUCCAUGACUUCCCAUCGCCUCAAGACCUUACAGGAGAUGAUGUUGAAUCGCAUCUUCGAGAAUUAGGCUUCGGAUACCGGGCAAAGUACAUUGCUGAAACAGCACGGAUGGUUGCCAACGAGAAGCCUGAAACCUGGUUGGAAAGCCUUCGAAAUCCUGACCAACCAGGCUUCAACACAACGCCUGUACCGAAGGAGAAGCAUGCAAGUUACAAGGAGGCACUUGCGCAACUACUCACUUUGAAAGGGGUUGGUCCCAAAGUUGCCGACUGCGUAUGCCUCAUGGGCCUCGGCUGGGGAGAGGCAGUUCCUGUUGACACUCAUGUUUGGCAAAUCGCUCAGCGAGACUACAAGUUUGGAAAAUCAAAGGCCAAGACAUUAAACAAGGCCACUUACGAGGCUGUGGGGGACCACUUCCGAAGCCUCUGGGGGCCGUUUGCCGGCUGGGCUCACUCGGUUCUCUUUACCGCCGAUUUGAGAGAGUUUGCAGCUCAGGCUGCAAAAGAAGAGGACGAGCCUACUGUGAUCAAACUGACGGCGUAUGGUUCCACAGAACAUACGGGAUCAAAAACGAGGAAGACUAUCACGAUUACUGAUAGUGACACAGUGGUAAAGGAAGAAACACCGGUCAUUGAACCCACAGAUGAGCAAGGGUUGGAGGAGGUCAAACAGAUGAGAAGGUCAAAACGGGUGCGCACUUCAUAAGAGCGCCUUUCAACGUCUAGUUGGGAUGAAUCAAAUAAGUAAAUCUAAUGGCUGCUAUGUCGAAGUGAGGCAAUCGAUAAAUAUUGAAUACUUGGUCGAUAAGGGUUGUGGUGAGUGCGAGUCUCAUGAUGAUAAGACUUAAGCCUAUAGACUCACCAC